GUGAGCCCUCAGUGCUGUCUGAGUCCCGCAGCUGCAGCAGGGCAUGGAUUACGCUUCGGUCUCGCAGGGAGGUGCAGAUCGUCGCAUGUAUUUUCCGUUCGCUUCGGAACAAGCCCUGGAGUCCGGUGUGUGGGGGAGCAGUGCAAAGGACUGCUCACGGAACAGAACUGGUCAGCAUACAUAAUCCCGAAUAGAGACAAGUCAGACCGCAGGGUCUUUUUAAGGGUUUGCCGGGUCGUCAGCUGAAUGAGUCCUUGAUUCCGAGACGAUGCAGGUGACCGAGGGGAACCCUUUGAUGCUAAGCUACACCUUGCCGGACCUUUUUGGCCAUGAUACCGUUCAAGUGGAGCUUAUUCCAGAAAAGAAAGGCCUGUUCCUGAAGCACGUGGAGUAUGAAGUUUCAAGUACGUUCUUCAAGUCUUCGGUGUACAGGCGUUACAAUGAUUUCGUGGUGUUCCAAGAAAUGCUGUUGCAGAAAUACCCCUAUCGCAUGGUGCCUGCCCUGCCGCCCAAGAGGAUGCUGGGAGCCGACCGUGAGUUCAUCGAGUCACGCCGACGGGCUCUAAAGAGAUUUAUCAACCUUGUCGCCAGGCACCCUUCUUUCUGGGACGAUGUGCUUGUGAAUAUUUUUCUUACCUACAACGGUCAGGACAUACAGAACAAAAUGCGGGAGUCUAUUCGAGGUGUGGGAGAUGAAUAUAUCACUUGUAAGAUGUCUGCUCAAGCUAAGGAUUUUCUCCCGAGUGAUAUCCAAGUCCAGUUUGCCGCCAGCCGAGAGCUUAUCCGGAACAUAUACAACAGCUUUUAUAAGCUGCGAGACCGCGCGGAGAGAAUGGCGGCACGUGCCAUCGACAACGCCACCGACCUUCUAGGGUUUGGCAAAGAACUAAGUGCCUUAGGCUCGGACACCACUCCUCUACCUUCCUGGGCAGCUCUAACCCACGGCGCCUGGAGCUCCCUGAAGCAGGCGCUGAAAGGAUUAUCCGUAGAAUUUGCGCUGCUCGCUGACAAGGCAGCACAACAGGGUAAACUUGAAGAAAUAGACGUGGUGGAGAAGCUGAAUCUGUUUCUGGACCUUCUUCAGUCCUACAAGGACCUGUGCGAGAGACACGAGAAGGGAGUAUUACACAAACACCAGAAAGCCUUACACAAGUACAGCCUGAUGAAGAAGCAGAUAAUCAGCGCCUCGGUACAGAAUAAGGAAGGAGAGUCCGUGGAGCAGCUGGAGUCCCGCAUCGCCGAGCAAGAAAAUGCCAUAAUGGCCAUGGAGCUCCGGAAUCACUUCUCCUUGUAUUGUCUGCACCAAGAAACGCAGCUCAUCCACAUCUACCUGCCCCUGACCUCCCACAUACUCGGGGCUUUUGUGAAUUCACAGAUCCAAGGGCACAAAGAGAUGAACCAAGUCUGGAAUGAGCUAAAACCAAAGUUGAACUGCCUGUUCGUGGGAACGCACGGCCUCCCUUCGCCUCCCCUUUCCCCGGAAGAACGCGGCUUUUUCCCCCGCUAGGGGCUGGAUUCAGUAGGGUGCAGAAAUGAAGCAUGGGAGAAGAACAUGCGCAGGUCUGGUCACGAAGCCCUUCUCUUUAUGCAUUCGGGGAAGAGCCAGAACGUAUGUGUUUUGGGAGAAAAGCUUGUAUUUUGCACUUCUGCUCCGAUUUACAAUAAAAGUGUAUCCAGUC